AUGGGAAAUAAAAAUUGUGAAGAAACAAAUAUUACCAGGGAUCAUAUAGAUAAUCUUUUAAACUCUCCGAAUAUAAUAUAUAAAUCCUCAAGCUCUUUUGACGAAUCGAUUAUGAACACAAAACCGUCGAAAAGGGAUAGAAUAAUGUAUCGAAUCGAAUACUUGCCGGAUGGAACAGCAAUAUAUUACAAAAGAAGAAUAAGCGACAUUAAGAAGAUGUUUUGUUGUUAUUAA